UUUCACAAGAUCUUGUGCAGUGUGUGAAUGAGAAGCAGGUAUUUGCAUAUUGUCUUUCUCCACCUGUGGGUAUCACAUAUUGAAUGGUAUUUACGCUUUGAGAAGACUCAAGCCAUUUCUCCAGUUAUCAGUUAUCCCCAGGUAACGCGUUGAUGUGCGGAGGUGCCUCUCUAAUGUGACCGUUUUGAUUUUAAUUGAGAUGCAUAAAUAAAUAAAAGGAUGCGUGUGAUGGGAAGGCCCACAAUGAAAUAAUUAAAUACUACAUUUGUCGUAAAUACUACAUUUAUUUAUUUGACGUUGUUAUAGUAUCUUUAUAAAUACACCUUGCAUGGGGCCAGCUUUGCUUGUACUGUACAGUAUAAACAGCCGCACUAAUUCCAGAUUUAAAUAAUAUUGGUUGAUGCGCUGGUGGUUUACUUGUAUUUGAGAAAGGUUGCAUCAUUUUGGACACACGUUUUCGUUCUGUCCAGGUGUCAGACUGACCUUGGUGUGUAAUUGUGACCCUCUCAACUUUGGUUUCUGCCCAUGACCUCUUGUCGCCAGCAAUAAUACAGCACAAGCAUUUGCGAUUAGAUUAAAAAAAAGAAAAAAGAAAAAAUCAAUAAAUAACACGUGAGUGCCCUUUUGACCCUGGACCGAGGUGUUGUGAAUCUUGACACGAAAACUAACAUUGCAAGCCCAAAUCCAUCUGAACUAAAGUAGCUACACUUUUAAAGGCAAUACUUAUUUCCCAUCGGAAAUAACACAGAAAUAGUCAGAACAGGUUGUUAAUGCUUCUGUUUCUGGUGAAUGCAGACCUUGUUGUAGUUUUAGCUGCAGGGACACAUCCGCAGUCGCUUAGGUAACUAUCUGCUACCAUCUUUGAAUGUGCUGUUAGUCACCCAGUCACCCCACCCUGAGAGCCUGGAACUCAACAAGUAUCAUCAUGUGAAUCUGUGCAUGCAUACCUUUCUCCUGCAUUGUGGAAGGAGGCAGUGGCACAGAAAAGAAUAUUCUGGGUCCUCUUUUAGACAGGGACAGAAGGAGCUGUGAGAAUGCUCUGAAGAGCAGUGUGCUGGAACCCGGCUCCUGUGACAGCGAGGGAGGGCAGCGGUGGCGAUGUUGCCCGGAGUGGGUGUGUUCGGGACUGGCAGCACGGCCCGGGUCCUGGUGCCCCUGCUGCGGGCCGAGGGCUUCUCCGUGGAGGCGGUGUGGGGCCGCACUGAGGAGGAGGCCAGGCAGCUGGCGGAGGAGCUCGGUAUCUCCUUCUACACCAGCCAGACGGACGAUGUGCUGCUGCACCAGGAUGUGGAGCUGGUCUGCAUCAACAUCCCACCCCCCCUCACCAGGCAGAUCGCUGUCAAAGCUCUGGGGAUCGGUAAGAAUGUGAUCUGUGAGAAGGCAGCUACGUCGGUCGAUGCCUUUAAGAUGGUGACGGCCGCCCGCUACUACCCCAAGCUGAUGAGCCUGAUGGGAAACGUGCUGCGAUUCCUGCCUGCCUUCGUGCGCAUGAAGCUACUGAUUGACGAGGGCUACGUGGGGGACGUGAUGGUUUGCGAUGUGCGGGUGUACUGGGGCAGCCUGCUGAGCAACACCUACAACUGGAUCUGCGAUGAGCUGAUGGGCGGCGGGGGCCUGCACACCAUGGGCAGCUACAUCGUGGACCUGCUGAGCCACCUGACUGGCCAGCGGGCCGAGAAGGUCCACGGCCUCUUGAAGACCUUUGUGAAGCAGAACGGGGCCAUCCGUGGGAUCCGCCACGUUACCAGCGACGACUUCUGCUUCUUCCAGAUGCUGAUGAGCGGUGGGAUCUGCAGCACCGUCACCUUGAACUUCAACAUGCCCGGCGCUUUCGUCCACGAGGUCAUGGUGGUGGGGUCGGCCGGCAGGCUGGUGGCUCGGGGCACGGACUUGUACGGCCAGAAGAACACCGCCUUCCAGGAGGAGUUGCUGCUGGCCGAUACCUCGCGCCUGGGCAUGGAUGUGGAGAAAGGGCUCAGGGAGGUCCCCUUGCCCUACCUGAAGGGCAUGGUGUACAUGGUGCAGGCUCUCAGGCAGUCCUUCGAGGAGCAGGAGGACCGGAGGACCUGGGAACACAAGCCGGUCUCCAUGGCUGCUUCCUUCGAGGACGGCCUCUACAUGCAGAGCGUGGUGGACGCCAUCAAGCAGUCCAGCAGGUCUGGAGAGUGGGAGGUGGUGGAGAUCAUGACAGAGGAGCCCGACGCCAACCAGAAUCUGUGUGAAGCCCUUCAGAGGAACAACCUAUAGGAUCUGCAGCUCCCAUGUGAAGUAGACUGUGUGCUACAACGGCUGUCGAAAUUUUAAUGUAAUUGAUUAGUUUCACUGCCUGGAGUCACCAGCAAAAUUCACCCCAGUUUUGGAGGGGUGCGAAAAGGGCACUGCAAUUCAUUCUUUUGUACGUUUGCAUCCCCAGGCACCAACUUAAGGCCUCCCUCAAGAGUUUCAAUUUACCUAAAUAAUUCCUGGAGUCGCCAUCUUUAACCCGGGCAGCCACCUUUCAUGGCGGUCCAGUGUUUUGCAGUUGCUAUUGUACUGCAGCAGCAAGAUUCUGGGGAAACAGCAAGUCAGCACCCUGACUGACAGACUCACUGACAGACUGUGCCCUGGGAUUUGCCCUGCAUUUACAGCUGUUUUCUUUAGCAGUGAGUUAAUGCUUAAAGCAGUUGUAUACGGAUGAUUUUUGUGGAAGAUUUGCAGCAAGCCUUUUGUUUUGCGUCAGAACCUUACCUGUAAGGGUGUUCAUGGUUUGGGUGUUCUCAGGUUAGCAAGACUGUACACAGCCUUUAAAAGGGUAAUAAUGGCUCAUGUAAUGCUGUUAUACUUCAUGAAUUUGAGUUUAUGUUUUUUCCUAUAUUCUGUUUGUUUUCAAAUCUGAAUGAAAGCUUUGUUAGCCUGAAUAAUCUGUGCAGUCCAGCACGGUAUGUUUACUUUACAAACAUGUGUCGUCUUUCUUGUCCUUUUUGGUGUUCAGGCCACUUGUCAACAGCUAAUCUGCACCCAAGCUUGUGUUUUUGCAGGUUUUGGAUGAUGCAUUGUUUUAUUUGUAUUUCUGUAGCAUGACCUUUUUCAUGCUUUAUAUAAGCAUUUUAAAUUGAAAUCUUCUGGCUGCAGUGGAGAUAUCUGGGACUUGUAUGGCCUUUAAAGCCAUAUACCAAUUAAAUGAGCGAAGGCUUCUUUGGGCUAUUGUGGAGUUAAUCCUUUAUAAAACUGAGCAUGAGCAAGACUGCACUGUAGCUGUGCUACUGAUGGUAAAUAAUUAAAAACAAAACAAACAAAUGAGUUACCUGGAGGCAUGUUGCUAUUUUACAGUUGGCCUGCCCUUCAUUUAAUGAAUGCUGUGGUGUAAUGGUGCAUAAAGGACCUUAUUUACAAACCCGAAUGGGCAGGUACUGGGAGUGCUGGUGGCAGCUCCCAGUCUGUUUCGUGCCCACAAUCAAGACUGCAGCGCCUGGAACUGGUGCUUCAUUCAUGGAGUGUUCAAGCCUGCUUUCCCUAGUGCAACAUGCUUUCAGCUCAGUCUCGUUUGCUCAUCGUUUUACAAUGGUAACAGUUAGAUGACACGGACCCCCUCUCGCUCCAGGUAUCGUUGUCUGCUAUAGCCAUGCAGCACACUGCUGCUUCUGCAGCCUCUUGUGCUGUAUUGACUUUCCAAGCUGUUGAUUUGUGCACUGUAUAUUUUGGUAGAGCAGAACACUGUAUUUAUGUCCUUAUUUUUGUUUUUUCAGCAAAAUAUUCUCUCAACUGCAUAUUUUUAAAGAGCGAUUGCACUGUAGAGGCAUAGACCAGUUUCUUAAAAGCUGUAUAUAGUUCGUAGAUGGAUAUUUAUUCAUUUGUGUUUUGUUAUAGAUUAUAUAUAAUUAAUCUUUUUGGGGAUAUUACUGUAUGACAGGUGUCUGAGACUCGUGUUUUAAAACCUUAUCUUAAAAACAAUUCUGUGUAUUUUUAAUGUCAAAUUGAGAGUAAGCAUUAAAGGAAAUUAAAUAUGUUUUAGCCACA